AUGUCCGUGUUUCAAGAACACUGGAGCCUUUGUCGAUGCGUAAGGGACGCAGCCUACAUCACAGGCUAUGUAUUGUUUUUUAGUGUCUUUGAUGACGAUGACGGCCAUAAGCGUGGACAGACUUCUCGCCCUGUUGUUGGGACUGCGAUACAAACAAAUUGUAACUUUGAAGCGCACGUAUAUUAUUGUAACUACCUUUUGGGUUUUAACCUUGUCGCCUCUUUAAAGUGGAUUUUUUUUAUCACCGUAUAUUCUUUAUGUACAGCUCCUUAGUUAUAUCAUUUUGCCUGGUAAUAUCAUUCGCAUCGUACACAAAGAUUUUUGCACUCUCAGAUAUCACCAGGCACAAGUACGAGAUCAACAACAGCCGAGCCAAACAAAUGCACUGAACAUGGCGCGAUUCAGAGAGGCAGUAUACAGUGCACUGUGGGUGCAGUUAGCAUUAGUUGUUUGUUAUGCACCACUAUGUACAGUGAAUAUUGUGAUCGCUCAUACCAAAAAUAUUCAUUUCUCUUAUUCGUCAUAUAUAAAGUAGCAAUUAUUUUACUUUGCUUCAACUCGACGUUAAACCCGUUCCUAUACUGCUGGAAGAUUAGUGAAGUGAGACAAGCCAUGAAGCAGGCAAUUAGAGAAGCACUUUGCUGA